AGUAGACUAAGAGAAAGAGAUAAAAAAAUACAAAGUUUUGCUUCAUUUCCAGAAAUGAUUUUUGGGUGGAGAAGAAAUAGAAACAAUGGUGGCAAGAAGAAGAAGAAGCAAGAGGCUGGCAAGUCGAAUAAUUUGGAGGAGUUGGUCAUCCCAAAUGAUUUUAUUUGUCCGAUAUCUCUUCAACUUAUGAAAGAUCCUGUAACUUUAUCUUCCGGGAUAACUUAUGAUCGAGAAAACAUAGAGGCAUGGCUUGAGGCUGGCAAUUUUACUUGCCCAGUAACCAAUCAAAUCUUGAGGAGUUUCGAUCAAAUUCCUAAUCAUUCUCUUAGGAAAAUGAUUCAAAAUUGGUGUGUGGACAAUCAAAACUACGGUAUCCAACGCAUCCCAACUCCUAGAGUUCCUGUUUCUCCAAUUCAAAUCUCUGAUGUUCUUUCAAGUCUUGAAGCCGCAACAAAGCGCUUGGAUCAAUUCGAAUGUCUUGAUUUGAUUCAAAAGAUCAACAGUUGGGCCAAUGAGAGUCACCGAAACAAGAGUUGCAUUGUAGCCAAUGGAGCAAGUGCUUCAUUGGCUGCAACUUUUGAUGCAUUUGCAACUCACAAUUCCUUUGAAACAAAUGCUAAAGUUUUUGAGGAAAUAUUAUCUACAAUGAAUUCAUUAACGUUUCCACUUGAUAUGGAAACACAAUUUUAUUUAGGUUCAAACAAUUCUCUACGUUGCAUGUUUUGGCUAUUAGAAAGCAGAGACCGAAUUUCCUCCAAGCAUAACUCCAUUAGUGCACUUAAAAAGAUUCUUUCUUCAGAUCAACAGUAUGCAGAAGCUCUAGCAUCCAUUGAAGGAGUAAAUAUUGAGGUGUUGUGUAGGUUCAUUAAAGAGCCGAUUUCUCCUACAAUGACCAAAGCGUCUCUCAUGGUUAUUUUCUAUCUACUUUCAACCCAUUCAUCAUCAAGCGACAAGAUCAAAUCUGCAUUGGUGGAGAUGGGUUUGGUCUCUUUACUGAUAGAAAUCAUCAUAGACUCGGAGAGGAGCACGUGCGAGAAAGCUUUAGGGGUUUUUGAUAAACUUUGUGAUUGGAAACAGGGAAGAGAAGAGGCUUACGGUAAUGCCCUGACAUGGCCAGUACUAGUGAAGAAAAUCUUGAGAGUUUCGCAACUGGCCACGGAGUAUUCUGUUUCAUCCAUUUGGAAGCUCCAUAAAUGUGGAAGACAAGAGAGAGUUCUGGUUGAGUGUCUUCAAGUUGGUGCUUUUCAAAAGCUAGUCUUGCUUUUGCAGGUUGGCUGUAGUGAUGACACAAAAGAGAAAGCAACUGAGCUUUUGAAAGUCAUGAAUCCUUACAGGGAUGGAUCGGAAUGCAUCGACUCUCUAGAUUUCAAGAAUUUAAAACGAUCAUUUUGA